UCAUUGUCAAAUGCGACUCUACAAAGUGUAGACGUCAACUCAUCAAUUACACCGGCAAAUAAGCAAAGUUUUGGGAAUUGUUUAUAAGGGCUGACUAAUAAUUUAAAUAUGAUUGAGACGCUGUAUAGCUUGCCCUUCCAAAUCUUGGUGCCUCCAAAUAUCAAAAUCCGCCGUCCAGCAUGGUUUCGUAAACCCUCACCAAUGGUUAUGUUCUCCAUUGUGCUACUGUCGUACUUUCUCGUCACCGGUGGAAUUAUAUACGAUGUAAUUGUGGAACCACCGAGUGUAGGAGCUACGGUAGAUGAACAUGGACAUUCUCGGCCCGUCGCUUUUAUGCCUUACCGGGUAAAUGGUCAAUAUAUAAUGGAGGGAUUGGCUAGCAGUUUUCUAUUCACCAUCGGAGGUUUAGGUUUCAUCAUAAUGGAUCAGACACAUAUACCGGGAAAGACAAACUUAAAUCGUUUUCUUUUAACCGCAAUGGGAUUUAUAUUCAUACUGGUUUCAUUUUUCACCACUUGGCUCUUCAUGCGUAUGAAAUUACCCAGUUAUUUGCAGCCAUGAAUGAAAAAUCGAACGUGGCAUUUGGUGUUUACUCGAACUUUUUUUUUUAAUUUAACAAUUACUUUAAAUAAAAAAUGUAAAAACUGA